GAAAAGCUUCAGGCCGGAAGUGUGAAGUGAAUAUGGACCAUAAAACCUCAGAGAAGCCUGCGAAGAUACUCAAAGCCUUGGAGCCCGAGCCUGGAGUGACUGCCUGGAUCUUCUGGGUUCCUCAGUUCUGUAAUUAGUGCCUGUUUCUGGUUCCUUCAGACCAAAGACCUGAAGGAUGAGUGGUCAGGCCCCACCCACACUCUUGCAGCUGGCAGUGCAGAGGCUGCUGAGGGAUGAGGCCCUGGCCAUCUCUGCUCUGAAGGACCUGCCCAGGGUGCUGUUUCCAGCACUCUUCAAGGAGGCCUUCAACCAGGGACAAACUAACAUCCUGAGGGCUAUGGUAGCAGUAUGGCCCUUCCCCUGCCUCCCUGUGGGAUCGCUGAUGAAGACCCCCCACCUGGAGACUUUGCAGGCUGUGCUGGAUGGAGUAGACAUGCUGUGGACACAGAAGUUUCUCCCCAGGAGGCGGAAGCUUCAAGUGCUGGACCUGAGGAAUGUGCACCACGAUUUCUGGGAUGUUUGGGUUGGAAUGGAGGAGGAUGGAGACUGCUCAGAAGAGGCUGUAUGCGAAAAAAAGCAAAUGGCAGAGCGCUGUCCUCGAUACGCGCUGAGGCGGCGCUUGAAGGUGGUCGCCAACCUUUGCCUCAGGUUCCAUCUGAAUGAACACCAAACAUACUUGCUGCAGUGGGCCCAGCAGAGGAGAAAGUUCGUCAGGCUGUGCUGUGUGAAGAUGCAGAUUUGGGCAUUGCCGGUGUAUACGGUCAGGAAAGUCUUGAUGGUUUUCCAGCCUGACAGCAUCCAGGAGCUGGAGCUGAAUACAGGUUGGAGUCUGUCCUCUCUGGUGCAUUUUAUAUCUUACCUGGACCAGAUGAGAAACCUUCAAAAACUCCUCUUAACACGGAGUCACAGGAACACUUUCAAGGUUCUAACUACCCCCUCAGACAUCCAGAAGUGUAUCACCAAGUUCGUUUCUCAGUUCUCCAAACUCAACUGUCUCCAGCAUCUCUCAAUGAAUGGUGUCUACUUUUCCAGUGAGCACAUGAAACAGUUGUUCAGGUCCCUGAAGACCCCUUUGGAGACCCUGUCCAUCACUAUGUGCAAGCUUUCACAGUUAGACUUGAAUUCCUUGUCCCAGAGUAAGAGUCUCCAUCAGCUCAAACACCUGAAUCUGAGACUUGUGAAAUUAAAUGAUUUAUAUCCUGUGCCUUUCCACGAUCUCCUAAAGAGUGUAGCAGGCACUCUGCAGACCCUGGAGUUGGAGGGCUGUUGGAUGGUGGACUCCCAGCUCAUUACCCUUCUGCCUGCCCUGAGCCAGUGCUCCCAACUCACCAGGCUCAGUUUCUGUGACAAUGACAUCUCCAUGGCUGUCCUGAAGGACCUUCUGUAUCAUACAGCCAACCUAAGACAGCUGACCCAGGAGCUGUAUCCCGCCCCUUUGGAAUGCUAUGACGACAGGGGUGAUGUCCACUUGGGAAGAUUUACCCAACUUUGUCCUGAACUCAUGGACACACUCAUUACUGUAAGACAGCCUAAGGGAGUCUCCUUUGCUUCCUAUAUCUGCCAUGAAUGUUGUCAGCGCUGUGUCUAUGACCUAGAGAUCAGGCUUUGUCAUUGUCAGCAGUAAUAAAAGCCUAGCAGUAGGUAUUUAUCUCAUCAAGGGAACCCAGAGCGUAUGGCCACACACUCACUGCUCAGUGUUUGGGAAACAAAAUGGUGUGCAGUAACUAGGGACAGACCCCCAAGGACUCAGGUUGACAUGGAAAAUGGUGGGGCUCUGAGGACAAAGGUUUAUGGAGUCAAAAAGAUGAUUCUGUAUUUCGUAUUUCUUUCUUAAAAGAUUUAUUUCGUGUCAGUGGUUUACCUGUGUAUAUGUGUGCUUGGUGCUUGUGGAUGGAGAUCAGAUGAAGGUGGCUGUGAACCACCACCAUGUGGGCUGGAAGUCUAACAAGGGUCCUCUGCAAGAACAAGUGCUCAGCUGGUCGGUGGUGGCGCACACCUUUAAUCCCAGCACUCCCGAGGCAGAGGCAGGCGGAUCUCUGUGAGUU